AUGGUGCAUCUGACUACCAUUCCUCAUCCGGAUGAGCUGGACAAGGACAUCAUCAAGGAGAUCAAGAAGGCCCAUCUCCAGCUUGCAAAUGAUGAUGAUUGCUUCACCACUUCUGUCUACGGCUCCAGGUUCGCCGCUACCGACCUACCGAAACACGAGAUGCCAGAGCGUGAGAUGCCGAAAGAGGUGGCUUAUCGAAUGAUCAAGGAUGAGCUCAGCCUGGAUGGAAAUCCGAUGCUCAACCUUGCUUCGUUCGUCACGACUUACAUGGAAGAUGAAGCUGAGAAGCUCAUGACCGAGUCCUUCUCCAAGAACUUUAUCGAUUACGAGGAGUACCCGCAGUCUGCCGAUAUCCAGAACAGAUGUGUGUCCAUGAUUGGCCGCCUGUUCCAUGCCCCCGUCGGUGCAGAAGAGGGAGUCGGUGCCGUCGGUACCAGCUGUGUUGGUAGCUCCGAAGCUAUCAUGCUCGCGGUUCUUGCCAUGAAGAGACGCUGGAAGAACGCGAGAAAAGCUGCUGGGAAGUCGACUGAGAAUCCUAACAUUGUCAUGUCAUCAGCUGUACAGGUCUGCUGGGAGAAGGCAACUCGAUAUUUCGAGAUCGAAGAGAAGCUUGUGUAUUGCACCGAGGGCCGUUAUGUUAUCGAUCCAGAGGAGACUGUAAACUUGCAUGCUUACUUUAUAGGUACCACGUACACGGGUGAAUACGAGGACGUCAAGGCAGUAAAUGAUCUCCUCGUAAAGAAGGGACUGAACGUCCCUAUCCAUGUUGAUGCAGCCAGCGGCGGCUUUGUCGCUCCGUUCGUUGUCCCCGGUCUAGAGUGGGAUUUCCGUUGCGAGAGAGUUGUCUCCAUCAAUGUCUCGGGACAUAAGUACGGCCUCGUCUAUCCCGGUGUCGGCUGGGUCGUUUGGCGGUCCGCCGAAUUUCUUCCGCAGGAGCUAGUGUUCAACAUCAACUACCUGGGUGCUGACCAGGCCUCCUUCACGCUUAACUUUAGCAAGGGUGCCUCCCAGGUCAUUGGUCAAUACUAUCAGCUCAUCCGCUUGGGCAAGCAUGGCUACAAAGCCAUCAUGUCAAACCUGACCCGUACCGCGGACUACCUAUCUGAUUCUCUUGAAGCACUUGGCUUCAUCAUCAUGUCCAAGAAGUCCGGCGAAGGUCUUCCGCUUGUUGCAUUUCGAAUGACGAAGGAUGAGGACCGCAACUAUGACGAGUUCGCCCUUGCUCAUCAACUACGCGUUCGAGGCUGGGUCGUCCCGGCUUACACGAUGGCUCCACACACCAACGACCUGAAGAUGCUUCGAGUUGUUGUCCGCGAGGACUUCACUCGCCCUCGAUGUGACGCACUGAUCUCUGAUAUCAGGCAGAGCAUGUGCCUCCUCGAUGACAUGGACAGGGAGAGCAUCAAGAAGCAGCAGGAGUUUAUCCACAAGCACCACACCGCUUCCGGCAAAGCCACGCACAACCACCCUAAGUACAAAAAGGAGAAACAUUCCAUUCAGGGAAAAACCGGCAAGACCCAUGCCAUCUGCUAA